GUCAUAAGGCAGCGUCGCGCUCCUGCAUCUGUUAUUCGGCUGAAGAAAGCGUGUGGAUCUCAGCAGGAGUUUUUUCUGUGUGGUUGGACACACUGUUAUAAAGAUGGCGUUUAUUAAAGAGGAGAGUGAAGACGUGAAGAUUGAAGAAGCAUUCAGAGUCAAACAUGAAGAUACUGAGGAACACACAGACCUCAUGCCGCUGAAAGAGGAGCGCAUAGUACCGAAUGAAACGGAAGAGAAAGAACAAUAUGAGACUCAUCAUGAUUUUAAAACCGGAGCAGAAUCUUUCAGUUGGCCACAGAUUAAAGAGACUUUCUCACAGAAAACCGCUCAUAAAACAGGAACUGAAAGUUAUUUCACCCCUUUUCACUGUGAAAAGAGUUUUGAUGAACAUGGAAACCUUAAAGUCCACAUGAGAGUUCACACUGGAGGGAAGACAUUCUCCUGCCAACAGUGUGGAAAAAGAUUUACUCAAAAAGUAAACCUUAACAGGCACAUGAGAGUUCACACUGGAGACAAGCCUUACACCUGCCAACAGUGUGGAAAAAGAUUUACUCAAAAAGUAAACCUUAACAGGCACACGAGAGUUCACACUGGAGACAAGCCUUACACCUGCCCUGAGUGUGGAAAGUGUUUCGAUCAUAAUGAAAGCCUUAAAGUGCACAUGAGAAUUCACACUGGAGACAAGCCUUACACCUGCAAACAGUGUGGAGUCAGUUUCUCUCAUGAAGGAAACCUUUACAGGCACAUGAAAAUUCACCCUGGAGACAAGCCUUACACCUGCCCUGAGUGUGGAAAGAGUUUCGAUCAUAAUGGAAGCCUUAAAGUGCACAUGAGAAUUCACACUGGAGAGAAACCAUAUUCCUGUCUUCAGUGUGGAAAGAGUUUCUAUAAUCAGGGAAACCUUAAAGUGCACAUGAAAAUUCACACUGGAGAGAGUCCUUUUAUCUGCCAACUGUGUGGAAUGAGCUUCAUUCAUAAAGGAUUCCUUAAUAGACACACGAGAAUUCACACUGGAGAAAAGCAUAAAAUGUGUCAUCAGUGUGGAAAAAGUUUCAGCCGAAAAGGAAGCCUCAACAAACACAUGAGAAUUCACACUGGAGAAAAGCAUUACGUGUGCCAUCAGUGUGGAAAAAGUUUCAAUCGAAAAGGAACUCUUAACAGGCACAUGACAAUUCACACAAGAGAAAACCUUUAUACAUGCCCUCAGUGUGGAGAGAGUUUCGAUCUACAUGAAAGCCUUAAAGCCCACAUUGGAGUUCACAUUGGAGAGAGUCCCUUCACCUGCCAACAGUGUGGAAAAAGUUUUACUCAAAAAGGAAACCUUAAAAGGCACAUGAGAAGAUUACACUGCAUUUGUUAAACACAAACUUGAUCAAUACAUGAGGAUUAAUUUGAGAGAACUGUUUUAUGUCAUCAGUGUGGAAGGAGUUUCUCAGACAGGAAUCAUGUAAUAACAUUAUUAU